AUGCCGCUCACCGUCCUCUCCCGAUCCCAGCUCCGCGACCUACUACAUGCGCUCUCUCGCGACGAGAUUCAGAAUCUACAGCGCAAUCUCGCCGAAGCUCUACGAGAAUACUCCAGUGGAUCUCAAGAGAAGGGUUGCUCUGCAGCUUACCAACCCCAACGAACUGCCAUUACUCGUCAGAAUGGCUGCACCACCCUCUUCAUGCCCGCCAGCACGGGCCAAACAAUUGGCAUCAAGAUGAUUUCCCUGCAGGACGGGGGCGAUGCCGGCUGUGCAGUAGAACGAGACACACUGGAUACCCAAGAGAAGGAACAGAUUGCCUCGCGCAGGGGAGGCUCUUUCCGAAACUCGGUGGCUUCCUUAUCCUCCGAGCUGAGUGAUUUGUCCGUGGGUUCUCAAGAAGACAAGGAGGACAAGGAGGACAGUAACUCGAUCAGCCCUGUUACCACCACCAAUGAGAGCAGUACGGCAGGAUCCAGCACGGAUAGUUCCACACUCCUCACUGGUUGUGUCAAUCAGCAAAACGUUACCUCCAACGUUUCUAAAACUCUUGGCGCUUGGCCGGGCGCGGGAACUCGUGACACAUCGCCCCGCGGCAGUGUGACCCUGCUCGAUGACGAAAGUCUACCAUUCGCCUUGAUCAACGCCCAUGAGCUGACGGCAUUCCGCACCGCCCUGGCUUCGCUGAUGAUGUUCAACAGGCGCAAGAAGGUACGCACUAUCCUCGUAUUCGGAGCGGGCACCCAGGCCUACUGGCACAUCCGCUUGGCGUUGGUUCUCCGCGGUGAGGAUAUCCGCCGGGUAUACAUUGCGAACCGUUCUUUCGAUCGCGCUGCCAAACUUCUGCAGGAAAUCUAUCAGCCCGAAAAUGCGGAAUGGCGCGGGGACGUCAAGUUUUCCGCCAUCAGCACCGAUUUCGGCGAGUAUGGUCGCAUUUUGAAAAGCACUGUGCGCAAGGCCGACGCGAUCUUCUGUUGUACUCCCUCCCCAGAGCCACUUUUCCCUGCAGAAUAUCUCACGUCCGGCGAAGGCCGUCAAAAAGGUCGGUUGAUUUGUGCGAUCGGAUCAUACAAGGCACAUAUGGCGGAGAUCCACCCGGAUAUUCUCCGAGAUGAGGUCAAUGUGCAGCCUGCGCAUCGUCACUGGCAUAAGCAUAUCCACCGUAGUGGUGUGAUUGUAGUGGAUAGUCUAGACGCAGCCAUGAAAGAGGCGGGCGAGAUUAUUCAAGCCGGUAUUAAGCCCAAACAGGUUGUCGAGUUAGGCGAGCUACUGAUGGUACGUGAUGCCACUCGUGACGCGGCAACUGUGGAUGAUGAAAAGAGCCUGCGGGAAUGGUCCCAACGGGGGAAUGUCAUCUACAAAUCCGUUGGACUUGGACUGAUGGAUCUCGUGACUGGCGGAGAUUUGGUGCGCUUGGCACGGGAGCGGAGGUUGGGGACGACAGUGGAAGAUUUCUGA